AUGAGUGCUGCAGGGGAUGCCGCAGGAGCUGGGCCGAGCAAGGUACCUCCGCGGAAGCGGCUGGAUCCACGGUCCAUCUUUGACCGACUCACGCUAGGGCUACUGCAAACGUUGGAGCGACGGCCGACCGUUGUCGACGUGCGCAUUCAAGCCACCCAGCCCGCAACGCUCGCCGACCUAGGAGCUUGGGAGAGCCGACACGGCCAGCGCUUGCCAAAAGACCUCCGCAAUUUUUUCCUCUGCUUCAACGGCUUUCAUCUGGUCUGGCUGACCCAGCACGGCGCUACCCAGCUGCCCGUCGGGUCGUUGCAAGUCAAUGCCUUGGCUGAUUUGACGCCGCUGCGCACAUCCAAGUCCUCGGCACCGCCUCCUGAUGUUCUUGCUGCCCUGGUACAACUUGGGUUGGCUCCUGCAAGCAGUGUAGUGGGAAAUGCCUCUUCUUCAAGCCCAAAUCUUGAACAUUGCUUUCGCCUGGCGACUACCAUCGAUGGCCAAGCCGUGAUCAUCGAGCUCGGCCAUGCCAACGACCUGGGCGGCAUUUAUCUUCAGGAUGGCGACGAUCGCUGUCAUCUUCUUUGCGCUGGCUUUGUUGCCUACUUUCGCUUCAUGACUCAGUACAUGGGUCUGCCCGGAUGGCAGCGCAUGCGCUGCGGUCUCCCUGUGUCUCCGGCUUGGGAACACUGGUACUGGCAAUUUCUGCCCGUCAACCAAACGCUGCGCCUGACCCGCCCCACCCACACAACUUCCAGCCAGACUGGACUUUCCAAAGCACGCCCUCCCCGUAGCGCCGCGCCACCCGUGACCAUUGAUAUGGCGCGUAUCAUCAAUCCAACACGGCGUCCCACCAGUGCCGGUACAAACUCUGGUUCAGCGGUCGCCGCAACGGGCACCUCCAAUGGUCACAGUGCAAGUACCAACGGCGGUGCCUCCGACGCGACCAGCUCUGGAAGCAAAAAGUCAAUUCUCAAACGCCGUGGCUCGCGCUCGGGCGAUGGCGUAGCCCCUACGCCACCUGCACAACGGCCCAGCAAUCGGCCUCGGGCAAACCGCUCCCGUACCACGUCUUCCUCCAACUCCAGUAAGCCCUGA